AUGGCUUCCAGACAUACCGCUUCCAGACAUGUCUCCGCUCCCAAGCAAUCUAAAACCAUUCGGCUACUGUGGCAGUUGAUUCUGUCCGGACUACUGGCUGCAGUGGUUUUUUCUCAUUUGAACGCUUUUGGAUGCACAGGCUCGCAUUGUCCUGAUAUUGACGCUCUGCCUCAUUCGCCGUUGCAACUGCUAUUAUUUCGGUAUGUGCCGAAAGCGAUGAAAAUGGCUGAGUAUACGAACAAGAUUGCCUGCGAUAAAGGGUUCUUAUCAGCCAAAGCUUGCCAGAAUUUAUAUGGCAUAAGCUUCGUUGCAAGUUUGGUCGAAUGGACAUUCCUAGGGCUAACGGGUACGAGGAUUCUGGCGGUUCUUUUGAAGAUGAAAAUUACUCGAUUGAUCACUUUGUUACUGCUAUUCUUCGCCAGCUUAUAUUUCUUCACCGCGGUAGUUGAAACAUACCUGUCUGAGUUGCUUCCGCAAUUCCUACUGAACUACAACGUCCUCCUGAAGGACUGGUUAUCAGGAGGUGUAUUGUUUUCAUCCGGCGUAUUGAACUCAUUUUUGAAGCUAUGGCGAGAUGGUCAAGACCAAGAAUUCCCGAAGCAAGCACUGUUUUCGGCUUUUAGAAAAAUGGCUGGAGUGGACGACGCGCAACCGAGUUAUGCGCGACUGAGCUCCGAGCUUUAG